AUGGACGCACGAGCGAACAGGAACGUGGGCGGACCCGGAGCAGUCCCUCGCUCAACCGCUGUCCCCCGCUCCUCCCACCUCAAUAAGCCUGAAACUGACACCAGCAAGACGCCAGUAAUUGCUUCAACAAUGAGGCCUUUGACAAGCACCAACACGCCUCCAAACAUUGUGCCGCCAUAUCCAACCCCCGUCAGCAUCUUGGCACCUCCACGCAACACCGACUCGACCGUUCCUUCGAGACCUCUGGCCCACACAUCCAUUCUCCCCGUUGGUAUCAACCCCAUGGUCUACACAGCCAACACCACCGCUCUCCCCGCGAGUACCAAGCUCCCGCCGCUUCAACCACCACCUAGCUUAAUACCAGCACCACAACAACAGCAACCACACGAACGCACCCCACACCACCAGCAGGAACAACUGUUACAGCAGAUAAGGCAGCAACAACUGGAUCACAUGCGCCAACUGGGACAACUCUGGCUGCCACCACCGGUACAGCAGGGACAACUGCCGUCACAACCACGACACGCACAUGGCGUAACACAGGAACAACAUCAACAGUUGGCACAACAGCAACUGCAUUACUUUUACCGCCUACAACAACUCGGCUUACUACAACUGCUACAACAAGGGCAAGGGCAAGGCCCGCAACGGCAACAACCACCACGUCCACAUGCUCAACAGAAGCAACAGCAGGUACAGCCUCAGCCGAAAGCACACCCAGAACAACCUCGACAGCAAGGACAGCCAGAACAGCAGGUGCAGCAGCUACAGCAGGUACAGCAGGUACAUCCUCAACAUCCUCAACAUCAAGAACAACAAGAACAACAGCAAAACCAGCCUCAACAGGAAGAAAAGCAAGGGCAGCAAGGACAACAAGGAGAGCAAAGAGAAAAAGAACAGCCUCAACAGCAAGAAUCCCAAGAGCAGCAAGAAGAUCAAGAACAACAGCAACAACUGCACCUGAUGCACCAAGUACAAGAACUCGUAGCACUCCUUCAACAAAACAAAAAAUUAGAACUGCCGCAACAGCAACAGUUGCAGAACCUACUACAGCAACUACGACCACCACAACUGCAUCCCCCUUCUUCCUUCUCCGCCCCUGCCUUUUGGUCCCCCCUCCCAUCCCAUAUCUCAUCCCAUAUCCCACCCCAAACCCAAACCCAACGCUCCAGCUCUACAUCCACCAAAACCCCCAAUCCCAAUCCCUCCCCCUUCUCCGCUACCGCCAUCCCCGGUAUUACCUUGUCCGGUACCGCCCUCCCCGAUGUCCCCUUCCCCAGUACCGCAAUCCCCGGUGUCCCCUUCCCCAAUACCGCAAUCCCCGGUACCACCAUCCCCGGUGUCCCCUUCCCCAGUACCGCAAUCCCCAGUACCACCCUCCCCAGUGUCCCCUUCCCCGGUGUCGCCAUCCCCAACCUCCUCCCCGGCAUCCACCUCAGCCCCGAGAACUACGACCGCUAUCGGAUCUUAGUACACAACCUCCAUUUCCAGCACAUCUUCCGGACCGACCCCGCUCUGGCUUUGGCGUUCCAUGACGAGUUCAAUACGCGCAUGGAGCUGCAAAGGCUGUUGCCGGAUAGUCGACCGCCGAAGCAGUUUGUGAGUGGGCGGGAGGUGCAGAGACGGCCGCUGAGUCGGGAGGAGUGGGUGGCGGAGAGGGAGACAAUGAAGAGGGAAAGGGAGAGGAGGGAGGAGAUGAGGAGGGAGGAAAUUAAGAGGGAGGAGAUGAGGAGGGAGAUGGAGAGGGAACAAGAAAAAGAGAAGAGGGGGGUGAGUACCUCUAGGGGGCAGGUUCAGGGGCAGGGUGAUGCUGGAGUUGGACUUGGAGCUGGAGGGAGUGGAAGAGGAGGUAGUGCUACGGGAGGGAGUGCCGGUGUCAGUGUCAGUGUCAGUGCCAGUGGAAUACCUCUAGGGAGUAGAGAUAUGAGAGGAGAAGCUACGGCCGCAAAUAUAGGAGCAAGAGCGCCGGCAGCAGCAGCGAAGAUGGCGGAAGUCGGCACAAGUGUUGGUCCUCCGCGUGUUGCUAGUGAGUGGAUCAACAACGGAAGCAGCAAGCGAAAGGCGGCCGCCGCCGCCACCGCCGGCCCAGGGACGGAAACCAGGCCGGAGAAGAGGUCGAAAACGGAGAUGAACACGGGACAAAUGAGAACGGUUAGUGUCCAGAAACCUACCUCUACCUCUACGCAGAAGGGGGCUAGAGGGGUCCAGAAGCCCGAGGGAUCACAGAAGCCCGAGGGAUUGCUCAAAUCGUUGUUGAAGAAAGGGACGGGAAGUAGCGCAUAG